UCUUCAGCCCAAGUACACUCAACAGCUCUCAUGCAUUCGCCGGCCCGAUAUCGAUCGCAAUAAAUUUGAAUUCCAGCCGGCAUUCAUCAGUAUGCUCAGCUCAUCGGCAUUUAGGGGCAGACCUAAUGAAGAUCCAAUCCCCCACCUGACUCGAUUCAAACUGUUAUGCCAGUCUGUGAAGACGGUUCAAGGAGUCACCGAUGAGUCACUUAUGCUAAUGGCUUUUCCAUUCUCUCUAAUGGACGCUGCAUUAGAAUGGCUCUACACAUUGCCACCAGAUUCCAUAUUCUCUUGGGAUCAGAUGCAAGAGAAGUUCAUGCAGCGAUUCUUCCCUGCCAGCAAAACCCAGCUCGCGAAGCAACAUAUCAACUCUUUUAUGCAGGAACCUGAUGAAUCUUUGCGCGAGACUUGGGAUCGUUUUCUUGGAUAUCAGCGCCUCUGCCCUCAUCACGGUUUGGACAAAAGGUACCUUAUCUCCACUUUCUUGCAGGGUCUAAAGGAAGAUACUCGAGUCCUCAUUCGAGUUGCCUGUGGAGGAAGCCUCAAUGAGAAGUCUUUUGACUUCAUCGAACAACAAAUCACUAAGAUGGCUAACGAGUGCGCUCCUUCCCACGAAUUCGUCAGAAAUAUCGGUUUUAAAGACAACCGUACAGGUAAGGAAAAUCCAUCUGAGAUACAUGCUUUACGUGCAGAGCUUGCCAAACUUAGAAUGCAGGUAGAAAACGCCCAUCAAAUCACUGAUCUAGACGCACCACGAGACGAGUACGUGCAUGAGGAUGUCAACUACGUCGCCAACAAUCCGUACUCAAACACAUACAACCCAGGUUGGAGAAAUCAUCCAAAUUUCUCAUACAAGAACUCCUCCAAUGCUCUAAAUGCACAGCACAACAAUUUCGGUGGUUCAUCUAUCCCGGGUUCCUCUCAAGGAAAUCAAUCUCAACCCCGAAAUCCCUACCAGCAUCAGAAUCCAGCCCCUCAACACUACCGAGCUCCCCGUCAGCCUCAGCAAAACUUCGGUCUGCCUCCAUCUCAAUCACAGGGUCAAGAAGCCAUUCGCACCGAGAUGCGAGAACAUCAGCAGAAGACCGAUGCUCAUCUCAAACUAGUCGAUAACCAGAUAGCGCAACUUGCUGCCUCUGUCCCUUCGCGACCUCAGGGAUCACUCCCUGGGAACCCGGAAGUAAACUCCCGAGAGCACUGUAACGCUGUAUGCUUGCGCAGCGGCAAAGAGCUCGCUAACCCUAUCAUCACAUCUACGGAAAAAGGUCAGUGCUCUAACUCUGUCCCUACAUCUCUUCCUGACCCCAUAGUUGUUGAAAAAUCGACAGAGAUCUCGGGUGAUGAAGAACGCGGUGUAUACAUUCCACCACCGCCACGUCCGCCUCCAGUUCCUUUCCCUCAACGACUCAGGAAAACUAGAGAAGACACCCAAUUUGCUCGAUUUGCUGACAUGGUGCGUAAGUUGGAAAUUACUAUGCCGUUCCACGAGGUUAUCACUCAGAUGCCAUCCUAUGCUAAAUUCCUGAAAGACAUUCUCACAAAGAAGCGCGUCAUCGAGAAGGAAACCAUCACGCUUAAUCCCGAGUGCAGCGCCAUUCUUCAACACGAUCUGCCACCGAAAAUGUCGGAUCCAGGUAGUUUCUCGAUUCCCUGCAAACUAGGAAAUGUUUCUAUAGAUCGUGCUCUUUGUGAUUUAGGUGCCAGUGUAAGUCUCCUACCACUCUCCAUCUACAAGAAACUCAACGUUCGAGAACUUAAACCGACUCGCAUGGCUCUUCAACUAGCUGAUCGUUCUAUCAAAUACCCUCUGGGUAUUCUCAAGGACGUUCCGCUGAAAGUAGGCGAUUACUACGUACCGGUCGAUUUCGUUGUGCUUGACAUGGACGAAGACGCCAAAAUCCCGAUUAUUCUAGGGCGGCCAUUCUUAACACUGCAGAUGCCAUUGUCCACGUUCGGACCGGCCGACUGA